AUGGCUCUGCGUGAGCACAUGCUGUUUCUCAUUGGCAUCAUGAUUGAUGCGUUGAAGGUGAUCAUGACAAACAAGGCUGCACCCACCUCCCCACGUCCCAUGCAGCACCUUGCGUGCUCUCAUCCUUUCUUCUCCUGCAGAUCGUGCCCAUCAUGGUUGUGUCCUUCAUCUACAACUACAUGCUCUUCCUGCGUGCUCCCCUAAUGAAGUUCGCGCCCAGGACAGGUGGCAGCACCUACGAUGAGGAGAGCGUCAUCCGCGAUGCCCUGUCGUGGACGGUGGCCAAGGAGCUGUGGACGGCCGCCCGCAUGGCAAGAGGCGCCGAGGUCAAGGAGGGCGAGGUGGCGCCAAACCCGACGGUUUGCACACUGCAAGGAGAAGCCAGGCCGCUGUUUGACGUGUUGCGGGAGAAGAAAGAGCACGACACGCAGAAGGCCUACGUCCUCAACUUCGGGAGCUGUUCCUGGUUAGUCACACACACCCCAACAGCGCAAGGCGGGACAACGAACCGACCAGCCCCUUGCUCCUGUUAACGCGUGUGUGUGUGUGUGCGUCUGUGCAGAGGUCCGUUCGCGGGCCACGCCGACCAAUACAGGUCGGCCGAGCUCGCGAUGGGGAGGGAGGCGGUGUUUCUCACCAUUUAUGUCAAGGUGGGCGGGUAUAACAUAACAGAGCACGACACCCGCUGUCGAUUCAUUGUUUCUCUUUGUUGCAUCAUCAGGAGGCCCAUCCGACGGAUGGCUGGCACGUUGAGGGGAACGUCGAGGUGCGGCACCACCAGUCCCUGGAGGAGCGCAUCGACGUGGCUUCCCGGUUCAAGGCCACCAUGGACCUCGGCCACAUGGUCGUCGACGCCAUGGACGCUGGAGCGGCCAUCAAAUACGGUCAGUCACCCACAGGCAACCCAACCACCCACCCACCCACCCACCAAUGCAAAGGCUCCCCUGUGUGUGUGUUCUUCAAGCCGCUUGGCCCGAUCGGCUGUUCGUGCUGGAUGAGCAGAUGACGGUAGUCUACGUGGGCGGCCACGGCCCCUUUGGGUACAAGGUGCCCGACGUCGUCAAGUUCCUGUGCCAGCGGCUCGGGAAGGACCCUGCCACAGUGCUGGGCAAGAUAUCGCACAGUGACGACAUGGGAGGCCUUUCUGCUGAAGUCGACGCACUGCCGAUCUACAAGGCUGACGUGAGUGCUGCCGCCCAUGGUAUCGCAUAUGCAUAUGGUGUUGUCGUGGGCCGGGGCAGGAUCUUGCCAAUGCUGGGUUUGUGUUGUACCACUUUCCCGGCUGCAAAUUCUGCGAGCGUGUCGAGAAGGUGCUGGCAGAGAAGAAGAUGGCGUCGUGCCUGCCCAUUCGCGACAUCCAUGACGCAUCCAGCGGCCAGGACAACAAACAGGAGCUCAUCACACGGGGCGGCAAGGGACAGGUGCGAAACCAGCAAGGAGGAACAGGGAGAAGCGGCAACAAGGGACUGAUCCGUCAUGGUCGUGUGUGUGUGGUGCUUCUGCAGGUGCCCGCGCUGCUGCUGCCAAGUGGUUCGAUUCUGUACGACUCCAACAUGAUCAUCCGCUUCAUCAACACACACUUUACCACACAGGGGUAG